UUUCCCUGUAAACAAUCGCGGAUUUCACAGUCUACGAGGUCUGCUCUCCUUUCAUUUCCUCGCGAAUCUCGUUGCCUUCUAACCUAAGGUUCACUGAGUGAGUGAGGUUUUAGGUGCUGGGUUCUGAUCUCGAGCAGCAUGAACUACUUGAUUGGAGCUUUCAAGCCAUCUUGUCAUAUCUCGAUCACAUUUACUGAUGCAAAAAACCGGAAGCAGGUCCAGUUAAAGAAGGAAAAUGGUCAAACCGUAAUGGUUCCACUAUUCCAAAGUCAAGAGAACAUUGCUGGCAAGAUCUCUAUAGAUCCAAUUCAAGGGAAGAAGGUCGAACACAAUGGUGUCAAAGUUGAGCUCCUUGGUCAGAUAGAAAUGUACUUUGACAGAGGCAACUUUUAUGAUUUUACUUCCCUUGUUCGUGAACUGGAUGUUCCUGGAGAAAUAUAUGAAAGAAAAACUUAUCCCUUCGAAUUUUCUACUGUUGAAAUGCCAUAUGAGACGUACAAUGGGGUGAAUGUGAGGCUUAGGUAUGUCCUGAAAGUCACAAUAAGUCGUGGUUAUGCUGGUAGCAUAGUGGAAUACCAGGAUUUUGUGGUUCGCAACUACUCCCCACCUCCAUCAAUUAACAAUAGUAUCAAGAUGGAAGUUGGAAUUGAAGAUUGCCUACAUAUUGAAUUUGAGUACAACAAAAGCAAGUAUCAUCUGAAAGAUGUCAUUAUUGGCAAGAUUUAUUUUCUUCUUGUAAGAAUCAAAAUAAAAAACAUGGAUCUGGAGAUUCGGCGUCGAGAAUCUACAGGAUCAGGGGCCAAUACUCAUGUUGAGACUGAGACACUCGCUAAAUUUGAGUUGAUGGAUGGUGCUCCAGUGAGAGGUGAAUCAAUUCCAAUCAGACUUUUUCUUAGCCCUUACGAACUGACACCAACUCAUCGCAACAUCAAUAACAAAUUCAGUGUCAAAUAUUAUCUGAAUCUUGUUCUAGUUGAUGAAGAGGACCGACGGUACUUUAAGCAGCAGGAGAUCACUAUAUAUAGGCUCCAAGAGACGUCCUAAUUACUCUUUCUGACUACCAUCCAUCACAUAUCCAUAUAAUGUGGACAAGAAGAUUAAUUGCCUCACAAACACCUUGUAAAGUCUUGAACGUUAGGACAUGUUUUGCUGAUGGAAGUGUACUGUUUCUUUAUAAGAAGCUAUGGUUGCUUCUUAUUCUACUUAUGGGUUUGAUACGAGAUGGUUGCAAUUUGUACAUGGGCAAUGCAUAGAGGCUGGGGAUGAUCUCUGGGAUUACGUUUAUGAACAGUGAUCAGAUACUGACUUUUUCACUUUGCAGAGAUUUUAGAGUAAAAGGAUUUGCAUUUUUUUUUUCCCCCUAUUUUCUGUUGAAACUAUUUAUAGUUUGCUGUUUUGAUAAUUGAAGAACAAAGGGUAAUACCCACAGAAAUUUCUCUUUGGUAUGCCAUGGUUACUUUUCGCUCA